UGCGUCCCACAGGCGCAGCACUGGGGGUCUGGUUGGGGGGUUGUGCCUGUUUUCAUCCACAGCAUCACCAGGUGGGGGGUAGCAAGGUAACGCCCGCCCUGGCGUAGGUCUCAGCUGUGCAUAGAGUGAUGGGAGGCAGCAGAUAUGCAGUGGCACCUUCCCUUCCUCUCUACCCGCUCCCUGGGUGUGAAUUCCAGCAGAUUGCCUUCGUAUAAAUGCAAAUAAAACAGUAAAUGGGAGCUUUUCCUUUUUCAGUCAAUAGAAGGAGAAGGAAAUGAGCCACCAUGUCUGAGGGCAGCAAGGGGAGCUCGCUGGCCUUUGGCCAGGUGGUGAUCGGGCCUCCAGGCUCUGGGAAGACGACCUACUGCCAUGGCAUGCAGGAGUUCAUGGGCAGGAUCGGGCGCAAAGUGACGGUGGUGAACCUGGACCCUGCCAAUGAGGCGAUGCCCUACCAGUGUGCUGUGGACAUCUCUGAGCUCAUCACCUUGCCCGACGUGAUGGAGAACUUGAAACUGGGACCCAACGGGGGGUUGAUCUACUGCAUGGAGUACCUGGAGGCCAACUUCGACUGGCUGCAGGAGAAGCUGGCUGCGUUCAGGGGUCACUACUACUUGUUUGACUGCCCAGGGCAGGUAGAGCUCUACACUCAUCACGAUGCCCUGAAGAACGUCUUCACGCAGUUGGCCAAGUGGAAUUUCAGGCUGGCUGCGGUACAUUUGGUGGAUUCUCACUACUGUACAGACCCUGGCAAGUUCAUCUCCGUUCUCUGCACCUCGCUCUCCACCAUGCUGCACGUGGAACUGCCCCAUGUCAACGUCCUCUCCAAGAUGGACCUGAUCGAGCAAUACGGCAAGCUGGCUUUCAACCUGGAUUAUUACACGGAGGUCCUGGACCUCUCUUACUUGGUUGACCAUUUAGCUUCUGACCCCUUCUUCAGAAAUUACCGCCGACUCAAUGAGAAGCUGGUGGAGGUGAUCGAGGACUACAGCCUGGUGUCCUUUGUUCCCCUCAACGUCCAGGAUAAGGAGAGCAUGCGGCAGGUGAUGCAGGCGGUGGACAAAGCCAACGGCUAUUCCUUUGGAGACCAGGAGCAGAGGAGCUUGGAAGCUCUGAUGUCAGCAGCAGUGGGAGCCGAUUUCCACUUCACUUCCACACUUGCAGUGCAGGAGAAGUAUGUGCAAUCUCAGGACAAAGCCCUGGAAGAAGAAGUGAUGGAUCUGUAACACACCCACCUCUUCCACAGCUGCUCUCGGUUUUGAUGCCUCUCCUUUUCCUACCAGGAGCUUAAGGGAUCUCCGUGUCCUGUGACUCAGACCAAGUGAAAGCUUUUCCAGGCAGAGAUCUGGCUGCUGGACUCCCUCUGGUGCUUCAGCCCCGCUGCACAGAGCAGCUUUUUUGCAGAAGGGCAAUGACUGAGUGCAAGGCAAGCCGGGUCUUUCCUUAGGAACAGGAGAGAUCUAGCUGGGUGAAGGCAUGGUUAGCAGGAGAGGAGAAGCAAGAGAAAGGAGAUCGGCCUUCACCGAGGCUCCUCCUCCCCAUCCUGACCAAGAGCCAGAGAAAGAAAAAUCAGUUUGAGCAGUGAGACUUGAGACAAAAGUUUUUGGUUUACUGCAUAGGAGGAGUGUGCGUGGGCCUCGUACUCAGGUGUAUUCAGGCUAAGAAGCCUCCAGUCUGUCUCAAGGAGGACAGAAAGAUGGUUGUUUUGGUUUGUUUUUUUUAAAUAAUGAGGGACUCUUUCUUAAUAAAACACUCCUUUGUCUCGCUUUCAUCUUGCGAGUUUGCUGAACCUGAAUAAAUAAAACCAAGAGUGCUGCAAAGCCCAAGGCUAAAAAGCCUCUGGUGGGAACGUCACAGCAGCUGGCGCGUUGUGUACUUUGCAGAAAGGCUCCGUGUUUGCGACGUCGUGUUCCUGUGUGAUCUCCCUGAGAACAGACAAAGCGUUUGCUGGAGGGAGCGAGGAAGAGCGACUGUGGGACAUGAAAGCAGGUCACUCCUCAUGCCCACUUAUCCAGGGGCUGAGCGCUGGUGGUUGGAGUGCACGCAGUGCGUGCUGACGGCGGCGUGCAAACUGCAAGCUCGGCUUUUUCAGGGUUUUGAUUAAGAAAGACCCUGUGUUACUCAGCAGGAGGUUGGAGCGCAUCGUUUGCAUGUGGAGCCUUUCCCAGCACCUGGCUUCUCUGCCCUCUUCCACCUUCCCUUUUCUGGGCUUGCUUUCCCCCGAUCCCAAAUCCUAGGGCUUCCCCUCCUUCCCAUGCGAUUCCCUCUCGCCAGCCCACUGCAGCUCCUGACCGCGACGGCAGCGGCUCCCAGCCUCCCAGGGAUGGGGAGGGUCCCA